AUGGCUGCCAGAUGGCGUCAUGCAUGCAAGGGCUUCUCCUACUUUGACAUGUGGCUGACACAUGGCGUCAUGUAUGCAAGGGCUUCUUCCUUCUUUGACACAUGGUUGACACAUGGCGUCAUGCAUGCAAGGGCUUCUCCUUCUUUGACACAUGGCUGUCACAUGUCAUCACGCAUGACCUGGGAGGAGCAUUUAUUGAAGCUUGAAACAACCUUACAAGUAUUACAAUCCAACUUCCUAGUCUUGAAUAAGAAGAAGUGUAGCUUUGGAAAAGGACAGGUAGACUAUCUGAGCCACUUCAUCUCUUCCACAGGAGUUCAACCAGACCCUUCAAAGGUUGCAGUAGUGAGAGAUUGGCCAAUUCCUGCUUCAAUUAAAGAGCUCAGAGGGUUUUUGGAACUCUCAGGUUACUAUAGGAGGUUCAUACUAAAUUAUGGGAAGGUUGCUAAGCCACUCACCAAUUGA